AUGAAUCACCGUGAGCCCGCCCCCCCUCUCUCGCUUGCGCGCUCGCGCCGCCUGUCGCUACACGCCGACCACGUCGUCUGCCACGCAUCGUCUCUCCCGCUCACCACGCCGAGCCACCCACCGCACGCGCCCGCCCCCGGCGACCGCGCCACCGCGCGCGCGCUCGCGCUGACCGCGGCCACCGUGCCCCCGACCGGGUCCGGCCACGCCCGCGGUCACCACGCCGUCCCCGUCACCCCCGUCGUGCUCACCUUCCCGCGGCCGCGCCGCCCGCUCACGCAGUUCUCUGCCGCUACCUCGGGCCGCCGCCCUCCGCUGCUCCCCGCGCCCAGCCCACGCGCUGUUGCCGCCGCCGCCGUUGCGCCCCGCCCCUGCCCGUGUCGUCCGCCCGCGCCGCCUAACUCGCCCCACCUCCCCGCCUCGGCUCCGCCGCGCCAGGCCGCGCCGGCGCCGCCCCUCUCUUGGUGCCGCUGCCCCACACCGGCGCCCUGCAGCGCCCGCUCGGCCCCCGCCCGGGUCGGGCGCCAGCAUGCCCCGCGCCCGUAA